CAUCAAGCAACCAGAAAAAAAAGGGCAAAGAAGCAAAGGCGAACAGCAACCUUGCCCAUUUCCCUCUAUUACUCGAACUGUUGUCACUUACCUGCCAAAAUGAGGCUCGACCCAAAGGCAAUGCGGUAUCUGGCCGCAGAGGACUUCCGGACUCUCGCAGCUGUUGAAAUGGGCAGCCGGAAUCAUGAAGUAGUACCUACGCCGUUAAUCGUCCAGCUAUCCGGGUUGCGCGGGGGAAGCAUUGUGCAUAAGUGCAUAUCGAAUCUAGCGAAGAUUAAUCUGAUAGCGAGGGUUAAGAAUGCGAGGUACGACGGCUACCGCCUUACAUACGGCGGGCUGGACUACCUCGCCCUAAAUUCCCACCAAAAGCAAAAAUCCAUAUACUCCGUCGGCAACCAAAUCGGCGUCGGCAAGGAAUCCGAUAUCAUCGUCGUCGCCAACUCCGACGGCACACAACAUAUCCUCAAAAUCCACCGGCUGGGCCGCAUCUCCUUCCGCACCGUCAAGACCAACCGCGACUACUUGCGCCACCGCAGUUCCGCGUCAUGGAUGUACAUGUCUCGCCUCGCAGCGAUGAAAGAAUUUGCGUUCAUGAAAGCGCUACACGAUCAUGGGUUUCCGGUCCCCGAACCCAUUGCGCAGAAUAGACAUACGAUCGUUAUGAGUUUGAUUGACGCGUUCCCGCUGCGACAGAUUUCCUCCGUGCCGGAUCCUGGCAGGCUUUAUUCGGAGCUUAUGGAGAUGAUUCUGCGGUUGGCCGGGGUGGGGCUUAUACAUGGUGAUUUUAACGAGUUUAAUAUUUUGAUUAAGGAGGAGGUGAUUGGGUCUGACGUGGCAAAAGGGAAGAGGAAGGAAGGGGAUGAUGGCGCUGAGGAGGGAGAGAAUCUCAAUCUGAUCCCCAUCCUUAUUGAUUUUCCGCAGAUGGUGUCUGUGGAUCAUCCCAAUGCCGACAUGUAUUUUGACAGAGAUGUGCACUGCAUUAAACGGUAUUUUCAAAGGAGGUUUGGGUUUGUGAGUGAUGAGAAGGGGCCGUUUUUUAAAGAUGCGAAAAAAUUGGUAGGGACAAAGAAAGGGGGUGCGAGGUUGGAUGUUGAGGUUGAAGCGUCGGGUUUCUCAAGGAAAAUGGCCAGGGAGUUGGAGGCGUAUAUGAAAGAGAUGGGUGUCGAUGGAGAUGGGGAUGGGAGUGGAGAGCGUGAUGACAUACGGUCUGAUGAGGAAGGGGAUGAAGUCGAAGACGACGAAAAGGAUGAGGGGGAAUCUGAGGCAGAGGAAGGGAACGAGGACGAUAGUGUGUCUUUGGGUACUGAGGUGGAUGCUUUUGGAAACACGAUACAGAAGAAGCCGAAGGAGACUGAGGUAGAGCAACCUGAGCCCGAAUCUACACAGAGACUAGAUAUCGAGCAGCUCCGGAUAUCUGAGGCUCAACCACAAGCUGCAUGAAUAUAUUGAUACACUUUUGCUCUCACUUACGGCGUUUGGGAUCAUGGGUAGAGGCGGUGUUUGGAUUUCAGACAGCAUGCAUAAUGGGUAAAUUUUAAUGAUUAGCUCUAACAUUUAAUGAGAUGAUCAGGUCUAAUAAAAUAUUUGUUUGGGUUUUCAUGUAAAAUUCCUCUUUUUAUAUUCCCC